AUGGAGCCAGGAGUGAGGAGGGCUGUUCAGCAUAUAAGGCAAGUGCUGCUUUAUUUUGUUUUCCUGGAAGGGUCCUUGGUUCUUUCUGAGACCUGGAGCUAUUCUGUGGCAGAAGAAAUGGAGACCGGCUCCCCUAUAGCCAAUCUAAUUAAAGAUAUGGGUGUGGGAGACCUGGCUGCACGGGGAGCCAGAGUUAUAUUUGAUGACUAUCAGCCUUAUUUGCGGUUAGAACCUGAGACGGGCAACUUGCUCUUGAAUGAAAAACUGGACAGGGAGGUACUCUGUGGUACCAGUGAACCCUGUAUAUUGCAUUUCCAGGUGUUAUUGGAAAAUCCUUUGCAAUUUUUUCAGGCUGAGCUUUUGGUUGAAGACAUAAAUGACCAUACUCCCACAUUCCUAGAGAAACACAUAUUUCUAAAUAUCUCAGAAGGUGCUAGUCCAGGAAGUUCAUUCCAAAUGGCUAGUGCUCAGGACUUAGAUGUAGGAAUGAAUGGUGUCCAAAAUUAUACAAUAAACGCUAACCCCUAUUUCUACCUUAAGUUAAAAGACAAUGGUAAGGGAAGAAAAUACCCAGAGUUGGUACUGGAUGGAUCUCUGGACAGAGAAAAGGAGCCUUCAAUUAGUUUAAUACUAACAGCCCUGGAUGGUGGGUCCCUGCCCAGGUCAUCGACAGCACUGAUUCAAGUUGUGGUUGUAGAUGUCAAUGACAAUGCCCCUGAGUUUGAAAGAACGCUGUAUGAGGUUCAAGUACCAGAGAACAGCCCUGUGGACUCACUGGUAACCAGAGUGUUGGCUACAGAUCUGGACACAGGGGUAAAUGGAGAAAUAUCUUAUUCAUUUUCUCAUGUAUCUAGAGAGGUAUGGAAAACAUUCAGAAUCCAUCCAGUUUCUGGUGAAGUCCAUUUGAAAGCACCCCUAGAUUUUGAGGUAAUUCAGUCUUAUACAAUAAAUGUUCAAGCUGUUGACGGUGGGAGUCUCUCAGGAAAAUCAGCCAUUAUUGUUCAAGUUAUAGACGUGAAUGACAACCCGCCAGAAAUAGUCCUUACGUCUCUUAUGAGCCCCAUUCCCGAAAACUGCCUGUCAGAAAUGGUAGUCGCUGUUUUCAGUGUAAGAGACCAAGACUCGGGAGACAAUGGCCGAAUGUUGUGCUCAAUUCAAGACAACCUUCCUUUUCUCUUGAAACCUACUUUCAAAAAUUUCUAUACUCUAGUAACAGAGAAAAUACUAGAUAGGGAAAGUAGAGCUGAGUACAACAUCACCAUCACAGUCACCGACAUGGGCACACCCAGGCUCUCAACCCAGCACACCAUAACAGUGCAGGUGUCUGACGUCAAUGACAACGCCCCCGCCUUCACACAAAGCUCCUACACCCUGUUUGUCCAAGAGAACAACAGCCCCGCCCUGCACAUAGGCACCAUCAGCGCCACAGACUCAGACUCAGGCUCCAAUGCCCACAUCACCUACUCACUGCUGCCCAACCAUGACCUGCAGCUGGAUCUCUCCUCGCUCAUCUCCAUCAAUGCUGACAAUGGGCAGCUGUUCGCGCUCAGGGCGCUGGACUACGAGACCCUAAAGACCUUCGAGUUCCACGUGGGCGCCACAGACCAAGGCUUGCCCGCGCUCAGCAGCCAGGCGCUGGUGCGGGUCCACGUGCGGGACGCCAACGACAAUGCGCCCUUCGUGCUCUACCCGCUGCAGAACGCCUCUGCGCCCUACACAGAGCUGCUGCCCAGGGCGGCUGAGCCUGGCUACCUGGUCACCAAGGUGGUGGCUGUGGACCGCGACUCGGGACAGAACGCCUGGCUGUCGUUCCAGCUGCUGAAGGCCACGGAACCCGGACUGUUCAGCGUGUGGGCUCACAGUGGCGAGGUGCGCACCUCCAGGCUGCUGAGUGAGCGCGAUUCGCCCAAGCACAGGCUGCUGCUGCUGGUCAAGGACAAUGGCGAUCCUCCGCGGUCUACCGGCGUCACUCUUCAUGUGCUGCUGGUGGAUGGCUUCUCUCAGCCCUUCCUGCCUCUGCCUGAGGUGGCACGAGACCCCACGCACGACGAUGACGACUUGCUUACGCUGUACCUGGUCAUUGCCUUGGCGUCUGUGUCUUCGCUUUUCCUUUUGUCUGUGCUGCUGUUCGUGGGAAUAAGGCUGUGCAGGAGGGCCCAGAAGGCUUCUCUGGGUGGCUGCUCUGUGCCUGAGGGACACUUUCCUAGACACCUGGUGGACGUGAGCGGAGCGGGUACCUUGUCCCAGAGCUACCAAUAUGAGGUAUGUCUGACUGGAGUAUCAGAUACCAAAGAUUUUCAGUUCCUAAAACCUGUGUCUCCCAACCAUGAGGUUGUGAACUUCAUGGAAGAGACCUCUACUUCUGUCAAUGGUUUUGGAUACAAUUAA